AUGGAUCAGAUCCCCCAUAUCGACAUUGACAUCCCCACUCUCCGCCUCUCCAACCCCCAGUCCCAAGUCCAAAUCCUCCGAACAGCCCUCUCUAAAUCCUCCUCCCCAACCUCCCCAUCGUCCUCCCCAUCGUCCUCCACAUCCCCCUCCCCCUCCUCCUCCCCAGACAAAGCCAAAGCAAUCACACAAACCCUCCUAUCAGCCAUCCAAACCGGCUCCCUCCCCCCCUGCAUCAUCCACAUCUGGCUCUGCAUCUCGCCGGACCCGCACUCCAUCCACUUAUCACUCACCCAGCGCUUCUCUCUCGCCGUGCGCAACGCAGGCAUCGUCGCGUUCGGCCGGGCCUUGCGCGACGCAUCGCGAUGGAGGUACGUCUGGGAUGCACUCGGCGGGGUGAGGGGAGUCGUGGAGCUGUUGAAUGGGUUUUCGGUGCGGGAGCUAGGGAGGGUGUGUGUGGCUAUUGUUAGAGCUGCUAAGGCAUCAUCGUCAUCAUCAUCAUCGUCAUCGUCUGCUAGGCGCGACGGCGCCGGGGAUGAGCAAUUGGAGGAGAGGAGGGAAGAAAUGACUGCAUUACUAAAAGCGCUCUUGCCAGACGUGUUUCCCGAGACGCAGAUUCGCACCCCGGAUCCGCGUCCGUUGGCGAAAUACUACCGACGGCUGCUGCCGGCAUGCAGCCAGGAGGUCGUCAUGGGUGUAUUGUUGGACGGGUCUGCAAAGGGCGGGGAUUGGGAUGAUGUCCGUGAGGGGAGUAUCUUGCGGCUUCAGAUGGAUACGGUGAAGAAGCUCAUCGUAAAAUCGCUGCUGAAGGGCACGAAGGUGCCUGCGUGGCUUUCGCGCUGGUUUUGGGAGAGUUCGCCGGGGAAAGAGUCGCUGUCGUGUCUUCCUUGGUCAAUGGGCUUCUCCAUGGAGGUUAUGAGGUUGCUGGUUGAUAGGAAUCUGAAACCCGAGGGAGGAAUCCGUCACUUCUUCCUUGAGAACGUGGUAAGACGGCUAACACGGCGGCGAGUGCUCAAGGGCAAGCCUAACGCAGAACUGGAAAGAGAAGCCAUCGAUUUGGCAGUGGCCUAUCUGCGACGAAAUCCCAAGGCCGCAACGCCGGGAGAGCUGCUUGCACGUUACGGUCUCGUGCACUUAGUCUCGAUUCGCUGGUCGCGCGGACUCGAGACUUUUGACGGCCCGCUCGCGGAGCUGUUGUCUAUGCUAUGCUCUCAGGGCAAAGACGUGUCGCUAUCUGCGUUUGUGCGGCUUCUGGAGGGCAUGGAGAGGCACAUGCGAUAUGACUAUCUUCGCUCUUGUUUCCGCCUCGUCGCCUCGCGGGACAUCGAGUCGGAGUCGGAUCUGAAGGAUAUGGACAUCUCAUGGCUAUCUUAUACACUCUUGCAAGAUUUAGACACUUCACAAGCCGUGUCCCUAUUCCAACGUCUACGCGCAGCAAGAGGAGACGUAGGUCUCAUCGACACCGGCCCAUAUAAAUCCGUACUAUGCACAUCGGCCACAUACGCAUCGUCAGGCCAGGGAGACGCAUGUCUAACAUACAUCACCCUGUUGACCCGGAAUGGCGAGUUCAUGGAAGCCGAAGCCCUCGCGCGAGCACAGAUCCAGGAGCGACGGAAGAAAGCCGCAAGCAGUUCCGACCAGCAGCAGCGCGCGUGGUAUGCGCGCUCCGCCAUCCAUUAUGCCACGGCUAGCGGAUCGCGAGAUUGUGUCAAUGAGAUAUAUGCUUGGGCUCACCGCUUUGUGCGCGAUCCCCUCACAUGUGCGACGCUGUACGGCCAGUACACGCGGGAGUUCAAGGAUCUCAUCUGCGGCGUGCCUCAAAGAUGGGAUGGCGUUGACCUGGCGCGCUUGAAGGCCGAGAUCGCAGAAGCAAACGCUGUACUUCGCCUCUUAUUCAACACGGCGUGUCUUGGAUUGCGCGAACCGUCUUUUGCUUUCCAGACGUGGAGCCCGACGUUGAAGCUCUUCAGGAAGAUUGUUCACAGACGGAUAAUGCGGCUGAGGCGUGCGAAGGGCAUCAUCGACAGCGAUGAACUGUAUCGCGCCGUGUGGGAAGACACUGUGCGGCUGCUUAUCGAUGUUGAGAAACUAGGGCUCACGGCAGGGUACGAGAGGCUCGAAUUGAAUUGCAUGGGCGGCAUCCUUUCGUUCCAGACGUUUGGGGGGAAGAAACAACUCCGCGAGGAUGUAGAGUCGCCGUGUACGUAUCGCUUUCUGGAUGAAUUGGCGAGAGCGCGCGAUGAGCUCUGGCGUGAGGUACGCCCUAGGAUCUAUCCGGCCGCUGCAUCGUUACCGGAACCGUAUCUGCGAGGACUCCCAAUUCAAGUCCUGACGACGCCUUAUGAGAUCACGGUAUCGAAUCUCGAUGAAGUAGCUCCCUACAUUGCGAGGAGGGCCAAUGCCGCUGUAUUUCUUAACCAAGCACAAGCCGCAGUGCCCUUCCCGCAGGACGACGAGGGCCGGGCAGCCAUUGGAAAUUUUAUCGACAGCUAUGGUUCAGCAGUGCGCAUGUUGGUACCCAAGGAGCUGGAUGUGGAAGAGAAGAAGCGAAGGAUUGAGAGAAUCUGGCGCCAUAUAUGUAUCUUCUCUCGCUCACGCAUGUCUGAGGAGGAAACAGUACGGUAUUGGCGAGAUCUCCCCGGCAUUUUCGACGAUGACCUGAAAGACCUGUGGCCUUCUCUGCCCGACCCGUAUAAGCACUUCGCAGACGUCCCCGUUGUUCCUACGGUGGAGGAACCAUCGAUCCCGGAAGAGUGGAAUCCUCUACCUCCUCCCACUCGACCAGAUCUCAAGGAACGGAAGUUGGAAGAAGUAACAUAUCUGGAUAUGUCGAAGGACAUCAGCAGGUUCAGCGCACAUUCGUCACGCAUCACCGACCACCGCUCAUACUUCCUGCCCUCCAUACCCGCCCAUUCCUUCAAGGACCAUCCAUCUGGUCGUGGCAGAGGAACGAACGAGCAAAGAAAGUCCCUGCGCACUCGUAUUCUGGCCUCGCCUUUCCCCUCGGAACGCGACGUCCGAUUUCCCGCUCUCUACCUCGACGCCGCCUUCUUGUCGAGAGAACAUGAAGGCACGAUGGACGUGAUAGAGCAUCACCUCCAGCACGUCCCUCCCACCCUGCUGGCACAGGUCGCGCGGAACACGCUAGAUACGCUGUCCCAAUCGGACCCCGAGCAAGCUGGCUUCAUCAACCUCGAAAACAAGGCGUUUACCCUCCUCGCCCUCCUCUCUAAGAGCGAUAGACCAGGCCUGGCUACGGACAUGGCCGUGGAGACAAUCUUGCAACGUCCAGAAGCCAGUUCCUGGCACAGGAGUCUCCUCAGCCCUAGGAUCUUCCGAAGGCUUUCCGCAUCGGAGAGUCGCCAGUGCUUCGUCGCUUUCGAAAAUGCCAUCAUCGCCAAACUUGACGAGCAAGCCCAAGCAAAGAAGGCGAAAGCAACACUGGACGACGAGGAGAAGGAGCCAACGCCGGAUACGAAAUCCGAACAGCAGCAACAGCAAGAACCCUACGUCAAAGUCACGACGGUCAAGUUCCUCGCCCAGCUGCUGCAAGGGUCACGGUUCGUCCCUGAGGACUUCGCCAUCGACGUGUUGACUCGCCUGGCGCAAAAGGCGUCUCACGUCGACAUCAAACAGGCCAUCCUGUCCAGCCUACUGCAAAUCUACAAGGACGCCUCGCCGUCUCUUGCUAAGGGUAUCCUCGUCGCACUCGAAGAGCACUUCAUCCCCUUGAUCGGAACCCUCGACGAGCGCAGACCGAUCACCGAAGAAGCCUGGACGGCGGCAGAAGCCACCUUGACGCCUCCGGAAGUGGACCUGACGUCGGCGGAGACCACGCCUAUGCUCACGGCCGUGCUGGGUUUCCUGGGCAGCGUGGAGUAUGACUACCCCCGACAGAAACCCUUCCUCGAGCGCAUCGUGUUCCCGAUUUUGGACGGCCUGAAGCAGGAAAUGAAGCGUUGGCUAACCAUCUUCCUUGCAUCCGUGUCGGCGCGGACAGAGGACGUACUUCCCCACCUACCACUCGUACCGCGCAGCCUCGACGUGUGGGUCAAGCUAUUCCGGGAGUCGGGCACCACGGUACCGCAGGCUGUGCUAGAUGAGUAUGUCGGCUACUUGCUUUUCUGCAUUUCGCCAAGUCCCGCUGUCGUGGCGCUGAACGAGCGCUUGAUGAAGGCGGAUCCGAAUUUCAAGGCUAAGCCGCAUGUGCAGACGUGGCUGUCGUUGUAUAACCGGGGCAUUGAAAUCGUCAAAGCACAGUCUGCAUUCCACUAUCUCUUUGAUUUGGACGAGAACGGCUGGGCUACGCAGAGGUCGAAUCAGUCUGCAGAUGCAUCCUCUGGAGAGGCACGCAUACUCAUCACAGCGUCCUCGAUAAAGUCCUCGAUCCUUACACUCUUCGCGGCAACCCUACGCGCGGACUCCCCGCAUUAUGCCUACGUUGCGCAUCUCCUGCAGGAGUUUGGUCCGACGAGGUAUCAUUAUGGAUCCGGGGUGAGAUGGAAGGCAUCGAGGGAGGUUGUGGAGGAGGUUAUUCGGUGUGUGGAGGAUUUUGAACGAGGGGAUAAGGGGGGAGGAGUACCGAUAGUGCCGGAUACGCAUGCCCUGCGUUUGGCGUUGUUGUCGUAUCCGACGGAGGAUGAGGAGGACGAGGACGAGGAGCAGGGGGAGAAGAAGGGAAAUGAGCAGAAUAAGGAUGAUGAAGGGAGAGAGAAAGACAAAGUGAAGGAAGGCCACAACUCAGACGAAACCGCAACCCUCUCAAACAAGGACGCAAUAAAGCUACGCAGCCGAGACGACGCCUGCCACCUCUUCGCGGGCCAGAUCGCCGCUGUGGUGGACGACAUGAUCGAUGCGGUGUCCAGCGCUGGAAUACCCUAUCACGGGAAAUUGACCGAGGUGAAGAAAUGCUUUGCGUACAUGAUGGGCGUGGAACGCAUCUACGUUUCGCUCUGGUUGGGCAGGCAUGAAAUUCCUGGCGCGGAGACUGCGGUUUCGGCGGAGAGUGGUGGUGACUCUAAUGCGAAGGAGCAGGUCCUGGUGCGACUAAAGCAGGCUUUGCUUGUGGAGUUGGCGGCCGAGUUGUUGAAGGUUGUUCGGUGGAAUUGGGGGGUCACGGUGCUUGGAAAUGAGAGACGUAUAUUGGAAAAGAGAGUAGAUGAGAUGCUGGAGCGAUGGAGGAAGAGUAGCGACGAGAGGAUAAGAAGAUUGGGGUACACGGUUGCGAAUCCGUGCGUUGAGGUAGCUAAGAAGGACAAGGAGGGAGAUAAGGGAAAGAAGCCGUGGACUCUCUUCACGCCGAGUGAUUGGGGUAGUUCAUCGAGCGAGGACAAGGCAUGGGAGGAGUAUGUGGGUGGGUUGGGGGUAUAA